GGGAGCGGUGGGUAAGGUAGGCUGGCAGCGGUGAGAACUACAGUGAGUGCCUGAGGUUCGCGAUGGGGGACGCGGCUAUGGCCGCGGGGCCUUGCCCACUGCGCGAGGACAGCUUCACGCGCUUCUCGUCGCAGAGCAACGUGUACGGCCUGGCGGGCGGCGCGAGCGGGCGCGGGGAGCUCCUCGCGGCCACCCUUAAAGGCAAGGUGCUCGGCUUCCGCUACCAAGACCUCCGACAGAAAAUCCGGCCUGUGGCCAAGGAGCUGCAGUUCAACUACAUCCCUGAAAUGCUGAACUGUCCCCUGGCAGUGGACGCAGAGAUUGUCUCCAUCGAUACCUUCAACAAGUCGCCACCAAAGCGGGGCCUGGUCGUAGGGAUCACGUUCAUAAAGGACUCGGGGGACAAGGGCAGCCCCUUCCUCAACAUUUACUGCGACUACGAGCCUGGCUCUGAGUACAACCUUGAUUCCAUCGCCCAGAGCUGCCUGAACCUGGAGCUGCAGUUCACCCCUUUCCAGCUGUGCCACGCGGCGGUCCAGAUUGGGGACCAGCUGGAGACUGUGUUUCUUCUGAGUGGGAACAACCCAGCCAUACAUCUCUACAAGGAGAACGAGGGGCUGCAUCAGUUCGAGGAGCAGCCGGUGGAAAACCUCUUCCCAGAGCUCACGAAUCUCACCAGUAGUGUCCUCUGGCUUGAUGUCCACAACCUGCCGGGCACCUCUCGACGGCUCACUGCCCUCGGCUGUCAGAACGGCUCUGUGCGCGUGGCCCACGUGGACCAGCAGAGUCGUGAGGUUUUGCAGACCUGGACGAUCCUGCAGGACGGUCCCAUCUCCCGUGUGAUUGUGUUCAGCCUUUCAGCCCCUGAGGAGAUCAAGGAGCACCCACUGAGGGAAGAAUACAGCGUCCUUGUGGCCAGCAUGUUGGAGCCAGCGGUGGUGUACAGGGACCUGCUGCACCGGGGUCUCAAGGACCAGCUUCUCCUCCCAGGCAGUGACCAGUUUGACAGCGUCCUCUGUGGCUUGGUCACUGAUAUAGAUUUGGACGGGCGGCUGGAAGUUCUAGUGGCCACCUAUGGACAGGAGCUGCUCUGUUACAAGUACUGGGGCCCGGAGUCCGGGCUGCCCGAGGCUGAACAUGAGUUCCGCCUGCUAUGGCAGCGGAGUUUCUCCAGCCCGCUGCUGGCCAUGGCUCACGUGGACCUGACGGGGGACGGCCUCCGGGAGCUGGCUGUGGUCUCCUUGAAGGGCGUGCACAUCCUGCAGCCUGAUCCAGGCUUCAGAGCUGGUCCUGACCCGGCUUCGGCGCCAAGUGGAGCAGAAGAGAUGUCAGCAUCAGCAAGGCCUGGAGACCCCGGGCUCCUGAGGGCCUGCCACCCACCUUCUCCAGAUCUCCAUCCCCUGGGGUGGUGUCUUCUCAGAGUUCCCUCUCUGGCUCUGCCGCCCCCUGAUGUGCCACGUGGACCUGGCUGACCCGCUGCUGUACCCCGUGCCUCGGUUUCCCCACUCACAAUCAAGACUGCCUUCAGCCGGCCGGCCUCCACUCAGGACGAGAAUGUGUCCGUGGGCCAAUACGUGUACUUCUAGCCCAACAAAGCUCCCCCGCCUGCC